AUGCCGACGGGCGGAUACACCAUGUCUUUCGUCUGGCGACGCCAGGCCGUCUUUGGAUCCUCGGGUGUGACGUUUCCCACCCGUGGAGCUCGCUUGGCGAACGCUGGGAUGCAACAGAUGACGCCGCGGCCACAGAUCAACACCCGUGGUGAAUACGAAGAUGUGGAGAACACCUUCAAAUUUUGGGUCUCUGGCUCUGAAGCAGGGCGGAAACUGCUAUGGUCUGCCUGGGAAGCAAUCGAUUACAAUGGAAAUGGGCUAGUCAGCCUUGCGGAGAUUGACAAAUGGGUGGUGGAGUCCUACCCAAAGCUGAACAACAAGCCAGCUUUGAUGCGCGCAUACAAGUCGAGCGAUUUGGACCACAACAGCUACGUCACCAAGCGUGAGUUCCCGGUUUUGUUGAGGAAUGUGAUCUAUUUCAACAAAGUUUGGACAGUCUUCGAAACGAUGGAUGUUGAUGCCGAUCGCCGAUUGGCUUUCCCAGAAUUUCGCCAAGGGCUGUCCUUGCUUGGGAUGACCUCGGUUGUGAAUCCCCGUUCCCUGUUUGACAGCCUGGACAGGAAUCAGUUCGAAGUUGCAGAGAAGAAGAUUCAAACUUUGCUGAAGGACACCCGUCAACUCAAUCAGCUAUGGCGAACCAUGGGCUACAAUGGCAAUGGGCUGGUGAGCUUGGCAGAGAUGGACGGGUGUGUGACAGAAGAGUUCAAAGAGUUGAACAACAAGCCCGCACUGAUGCGUGCAUACAAAGCCACUCUGCGCAAUGCAGAUGGAUAUGUGCAUAAGACUGACUUUCGCGUGCUUUUGCGCAACAUGUUCUACUUCAACAAACUCUACACCCUUUAUGAGAUUGUUGACCAUGACCAUGAUCGGCGGAUGGACUUGACGGAGUUUCGCUCGGGAGUGUCCUUCUUGGGUUUGAAGCUAACACCUUCACAAGCCUUUGACAAACAUAGAGAUCAGGAUGCGAAUGGAGGUGGCAUGGUGCUGUUCGAUGAAUUCUGCAAAUGGGCAGCGGCGAAGAAAUUGCUACUCGGCAAUAACUAUAACCGAGAAGAUCAAUUGGUUGUGACACUUCUUCUAGAUAUUUUUAGAAGAGACAUUGAUUCCAGCACAAACGCGCAGAUUGCCAAAAUCAUACAGUGGGUCUCACGGUCUGGCAAAAGAGAGCAAGAGGGAGGAGGGGAAGACAUUCUAUGGUGCUAUUUUGGCAAUAUGAAAAACAUCAAACCUCCAUAUGAAGGGGCAGGUGACUGCGGCCAAUGUGUACUCCAGUUGCCAAGGCCGGUGGAAUGA